GUCUCAGAAGACAGGGCCUGCUCAAGUCUCAAAGCGUCUACCUCUGGGCAGACAUGUCAAAGCAAGCACAGCUUAUGGAGUUGCUGAAGAAGGAGGUGAGAUCGCUGCUGAUGGCUGCUAAAGAGGGCUUGACCCCAGCACAACUGGAGGAGGAGUACGUGACCAUGAUUGGCAAACCUCUCCCUUUAUAUGACCUGGGCUUCCAAUCCACCUUGGAGCUGGUGGCAGCUAUGCCUGAAGUUGUCAGAAUCUGUCCUUAUGAGAAAGACAUUUUUAUCCUCAAAGCCAUUGCAGAUGAGACCACCAAGGGGAUUGCCAAACUGGUUGCCAGACAGAAGAGAAAUGCUAGGGCAGGGAAGAGUGCUGCUGCCAAGGCAGGUGCUGCUUCUCCCUCUAAGAAUCCCCAGGGUUUCCGUCGGAGCAGGGCUCCUGUCCUGCCAGCGACAGUGAAAGCUGAGCUGCAGGAUCUACUGAGUUCCUCGCCACUUCUGCUCUUGGACUUUGAUAAGGCCUUCUUCAGACGCUUUGGCCGGGCAUUCCAGUAUACGCAAUAUGGAUUUUUCUCCAUGUUUGAAGUCCUCAGAAGCGUGUCUGAUAUCAUCACGGUUGAGCAGACAAGAGCAGGUUCCUUGCUGACCCUGAAGAAGUACAUGGCGAGUGAGAUAGAGAAGGAAGAGGUGCCGCAGGGCGAGGCGCAGGAAGGAGUGCUGCAAGCACCACCUGCAGUUGAGAUGCCUCCAUUGGAACCCUGCUAUGAGAAAGAUUGCUUCCACCUGACAGAGGAAGAGAAGGCAGAGCCAGUGGAAACACAAGCAGUAAAUUUGGGUGGUGGCCUCAAACAACUUCAAGAUUUGGAGCAGUUCCUACUAGAGAAGAUGAUAAUGACUCCAGAAAUCCCCCCAGAUGCUGUUCAGGACAGAAGCCUUUGCAGUUUACCACCACUGGGGAGAAGGUACUUGGUGGGAGUCUUUGUGGAGUUCGUUGUCUCUCCAAGCCAGUUCUAUAUCCACGUCUGCAGCAAGGAAACGUCUGAUAAACUGCUGGAUAUGAUGAUUGAGAUGAGACACUGUUACUCAAAUAAAAUUGUUUCUGAUCGUUAUAUUAUGCCUGAGUCUUCAGUACAGCCUGGACAGCUUUGCUGUGUAAUGUCUGGAAAAUGGUGGUACCGUGUUAUCAUCCACCGUGUGAUCAAUGACCAAGAAGUAGAGGUGUUCUACACAGAUUAUGGAAACCUCGAAAUUGUCCGGAAGUAUUGGCUGAGAUUCCUCAAGUGGUCCUACUUGAAGCUCCCUGCUCAGGCCAUCCCAUGCUCCUUGGCACGGGUAAAACCCGUGGAGGGCACAUGGUCCAAUGCAGCAACUCUCCUAUUCAAGAAGCUGUGUGGCUCCAAGCUACUUGUGGGCAUCGUGGAUGAAUAUGUGAACGGCAUUUUGCAUCUCUUUCUGUGCGACACAUCCACCAAGGAGGAUGUCUACUUCCACUGUGUCUUGAGGGAUGGGGGAUGUGCUGAUGUCUGCACAGAGAACGUUCCUUCCCAGGGAUUCAAGGAACUGAAUCCUUCAGCCUUAUAUAUUCAGCCCUAUGGAAAGCAGGAGAAUGCUGAACUGGUGGAGCCAGACCUUCACUUACAGCAGGAAUCUCUAGGUGCAGAUAGUGAAACAGCAACCUCAAAGCUGGAUGGGGAUGAGCUGUGUGACCAGGAACACCUGCCUGCUAAGAAGGAGACAUGGGAUGAUGCGUGGCCACUCUUGGAUGAAGUGAGUGUCCCAAGUACAACAGACCAAGGCCCUGAACUCGUGCAGGAGAAUACAAAUGAAACUCCUGCAGAGCUUAUGGCAGUGGCUAAGUGUUCUGGUUCGGGAAACGACAACGCUGAGACACCUCAUUCUCCUGGAGAGUCCUCAAUGCCAGCUGUCUUACUCAAGCCAGUGGAAGACACUUACACCUCCUUUAUCGACUCCAAGCAACCAGCAGAAAUGAGCCAAGAUGACCCUGAUCAGAUGGAAAGAUUUUCCAACAAGGCCCAACUUGGUGAAGCUGUACAUCCCUCUGUUCUACUUAUGGCAAUACCGUUUAUGCUGGACCACCGUAACAAUGAAGAGAAAAUGAAGAACAAAGACCUUCCCGGGAGUCUUGCGGUUGGCCUGUGCAGUGCCAGUGGGCUGUCUGACCAGAGGCCAUCUCAGAAACUGUAUGUCCCUCGUACCACCCUGUCUGCGGUGUUGGCAGCUGCACGCUUGGCCGCUUCCAGUGACUACUUCCAGUGGCUCCCCAGCGUGAGAAAGAAAGUGUGAGAAGAGGGGAGAAGCUGGAGCAGCUGCCAGGGAAGGCUGCCUAGGGCAGCAAAGGCCCUCUGUGUGACCGUGCUAUCGUUUGCUUUGUUCAGAAACAUUUAAUCCCUUGAAAAACUUGGAGUCUGACAUAUCUCAGAUGUCCCCAGUAUGAGUGAUAUAUGUUAUUUUUACUUUCAGGAAAAUAGUUUGGUUUUGUUGUACUGGUGUUGUAUGUACUGAUUUUUUGUUCUUUAAUGUAAUGGUUCAGGAGAACAUUUAAGUGUCACAUUGUAUUAUAUAUCCUUUAAGUUUAGGAGAAGGAAACUGGCUACCUAUCCCUCCCUCCUUCAGAGCUCGAGCAGUUUUGACAUUGUGUGGGGAGAUGUUUUUGUUUAACACAGUGGAUGCUGUACACACCCCUUGCUGUUAGGAGCAGUGAUGGUAUCCCAGCUCAGACCUCAGUCCAUGGAAGUGCUGAUAACUUGCAAAAAGAAAUGUCCUUCUCCAAGAAGAAGACGCUCUGAUUUGUUGGUGAAUUAGGAUGCCACACACAUGAAGUGUCAGGAAUCCCAUGUUACAGAUACCAAAUGAGAUCUAGAAAGAAUCCAGUGAGAGAAAGCUUGAAGCUUGACGCCGGCUGUGUCUAUGUAGUUCCUUGCCUGGGGCAAGAAAUCCUUUUUUGUUAAUGUUUGUUAAUGCAGAGAAAAGCUGUGAAAAUAGAAGUGCCCUCGUUAUGAAUGAUGGCAUUCAGCAGGUUUGCUGGUGCCUAGACUGUUCCUCAGGUCUUCUGGGGCUUCGAGGGCUGCUCUGUGCCCACCUGCAAACCACCAAAAAAAAGCUCGAGAUAAGGUUUAACAUUUGUAUUGGAAUGGAUAAAAACCCAGCAUAAGAAAUUUGUUGACUGGACUAGAUGAUCUUUAAAGCUCUCUUCCAACCCAAACAA